AAUGAUGGCAUUCGACACGGUCUCCUUAAGCAGUGAUGAUGAUAUCCCUUUAAAGACGCUAGGUUCUGCUGAAGAUGUGCCGCUGAACGCGCUGGGAGCUUCAUACGUGCCUAUUAAAUCCACCGUUUUGAAGACGCGCAGUGUGGAACAUUGUGACUUUUGUGAACAGGUGUUCCUGAACAAGUAUGACGCCUUAAUCCACAAUGGGAAACAUAUAAUCAUUCCACUCAUUAAGAAGGAGCUCCACCAGUGCCCUCUGUGUCUAUUUUAUUACACGUCACGAUACAAACUUAAACAUCACACUAGAAACAAACAUAAAAAUGACAUCAACAAAAAUGAAGCCACAGUCGUUAAACCAGUCAUUACAGAAAAUAAAACACUAAUAAAUCCAGUUAAAGAAAAUAAAGACAAACUUAAUAUAAAAGAUAAUGAUAAAUCUAAGCAUACUAAUGAAAGUAAAGAAAUAAUGAAAACAGUUACCCUUAUAGAUAGUUCCGAUGAUGAAGACAUACCAUUGGUUAAUCAUAGUAACAAAAAAGAAAUUAAAUUUUCCACAUAUAAGGCAGAUGAAGACGAUUUGCCAUUAAUAUUCAAUACUAAUUCAAUCAAAGAGACUGAGAAAGCGCCUAAAUGUGAAACUGAAAUGCUGAGGCAAGCUCUUUUAAAAGACGUGAAAGUGGUUAUCGAGAAGAUAGAAAUUCCAACUAAAGUUGAUACUAAAAUCUCAGUUAAUGGCUUAGAAGUGUCUAAGAAAUUUGAGAUAGAUCUAAAAGCCCAUGAAAUACCUAAAUACCAACCUAAAAUAGACAACCUAAAACCUAUGUUUGAUGUGAAAGCAAGUAAUGCACCGAAUGAAAUGAAAACAAGAAGUCGUCUCACGUUCGAAGAUGAAAUUGAUGAUAUUUGUGAUGAUGAAGUGAUGAAAGAUUUGACUAAAGAGUGCAUAGUCGACAUGAACCUUUUUGAUGAACCCUGGUUUGAUGAACUUGCUAAUAGUAUUACAAAUGAUGAUGUAACAGUUGAUGAUAUGAUUAUAUCUAUUGAUGAUGAUGAUGAAGACUGUGCAGAAGUCGCUGUGAAAGAGACAGCUGUGUAUACACCUAGUACGCAUCAUGACGAGUUGAUUAAACCAGGAGUUUAUCGGUGCAGGAAAUGCCAGCAGAUGUUUCCUACGAGGUUCAACCAGAUCCAGCAUGAAAUGUCUCACAUGCACAUCCGCAAGCCUCGGCCCAUGCUCUGUGAAUACUGCGACCGCUUCAUAGCCACCAAGCGAGCCCUGAAAGACCACAUCGCUACCAAACACCACAUGCCACACCGCCCCCGGACCUUCAAGUCCUGCACCAAAUGUGGCCUCAAAUACAACAAUCUUCAAACACAUGUGGAUAACUAUCAUGCCACACUCCGCUGCCAUCUUUGUAACCAAAGUUUUGACACUGAAAUCGACAGACUUAACCAUAUAAGAGGACAUUUAGUCAAAAUUAAAUGCGGUCAAUGCGAUUUCGUGGCGUCGGAACUCGAAAUUAAAGAACACCAGAGGAGAUUUCAUAAAGUUUCCAGUAGGGUUUCCUCAAAUUUUAAGCUGUGUGAAAUAUGUUGCCUGUUUCUUAAAAAUAAAGGCAACACUCAAUAUAUAUUUGGGGAAACUGUGAGUGAGCUAGGCUCUAGGCUGGACUGUGAGCAUUGCGGUAAUAAAUUUUUCCAUUUGACUCAAGUGAGACGUAUUAUGAAAGGGAGACAGAGCGAUAGAGCCACGCUUGAGAAAGAAAGGGACAAGAAAAAGGUUUUGACUAAUACGGAGAGGCUUAAGAAUAUACAGCAGAGGUUGAAAAUGAUUAAUAAACUUAGCAGGUUUUAAUUUU